AGUUGCUGUGAAAAGUAACAAAGUCGGUUGCUACCUAGUUGCAUGUUGCCAAGUAACACUAAACAGUUUUUACUUGUCUUCCAAAUGGCAAGUCUGUUGAACUUAGCAGUGUUGUUUCAUCUGAUUUCGAUAUGUCUCGGAAUAAUAAGAAUUGGCUGGGAAGAAUUCAUCAAGCAUGAAUUGCGAACAACGAAAAAAAAGUUGCGGUUAUUAGAAAAUGAUGGAAUGCUGAUUAUGUUGCAACUAAUCAGCUUUCACAAUCUGACUGUUCAAAUUUUUGGAAUGCUUCGUGCGAAGCGCACCUUCGUGUCUCCGUUCAGCAACGCUAUUAGCUUCUCUUCAAAAUGUUGGCUGUUUCUUGCAAUCGAAGCUUUAGUGUUUGAUAUAUUAAAGCUUUUGCUAAGUUUACAAUUGAGUCAGGGCUUAACUCUAGAGACAGAAGGUGUAUUAAUUAACGGUAUAGAAAUGUACAAUAUUGAUAUUUACUGGAACAUAUUUUGGAACCAAAUUCAAUUUUCAAACUCAUGCUGUGGAGUGUCUUUUUACAAAGAUUGGAGAAACAUAAUAUGGAGAAAUUUAGAUCAAGAGCGUAUUUAUACCCAGCUAGUCAAAAACAACAAAACAAUAGUUCCAUCAAGCUGCUGCCAAUCUCAGGCUUUGUGCAAUAUUGUAGCUGUAAAGAUCGAAUACGAUGGAAGUUUUGUUGAUAUAUCUGAUUUUGAAACCGUCAAUGUGUUUCAAAAUGGAUGUUUAUCGUCAUUUAUUCAAAAUGCCACCGACAGAAUAGAAAUUGCUUGUUACAAUAAUUGUUCACCGCAUUAUGUUCUUGAAAAAUCGGGAAUACUUGUAAAAGCAGAAUAUACAACUAGUAGGCAGUUCAUGAGCAUGUGGAGAAUGGUGUUUAAUGAAUUCGUUCAAAACAAUUAUUUGUAUUUGUUGAACUUUUUAUUUUGUUUAUUAGACAUUGUAAACAUAAAAAUCAAAUUAUACAUAUAAUGGUAA